AUGGUGGCGGAACCGGCCGCUGUUGCCGUGCGCGGCGUGACCUUCGACCUGGACGACACGCUGUGGUGUGGUAAGACUGUAAUCCGCAAGGCCAGCGCCGCCUUCCACUCAUAUCUGGCGCAGGCGACGCCUCAGCUAGCAGACAGGUUUCCUCCAGCGGCUUUUGACGAGUUGCUCGUCCAAUUCCAGCGCGCGCUGCCGGACCAUGCGCACGACUACACAUUCCUUCGCAAGUACACGCUGCGUCACUGCGUGGAAGUGUGUGGUGCUCAUGAAUUGAAUCUACACGAUCAAGUAGCGCUUGAGGCGUUUGUGGACGCCGCGUUCCUAUCUUUUCUAUUGCCGCGUAGCCAACCGGAGCCGUUCAGCGGCGUGGAGAGCCUGUUCCACAGCUUGGAGCUGGAGAUCAAGCGGUCAAACGGUAUGAUCGACGUUGCGUCGCCGGUUCUGGGGGUUAUCACCAAUGGAAACUGUGAAAUGGACAAUUUACCAAAGUAUUUCCAGCACCAUAUGCACUUUAUGAUCUCUGCGGAGCUCGUGGGCUCUGCCAAACCUGGACAGGCGAUCUUUGACGCGGCGGUGGCUAAAUUCCCGGCUUCCUACAGUCGCCAGCACCUCGUGCAUGUCGGCGAUCACUACAAAUGCGAUGUGGAAGGAGCCAAACGCGCCGGAUUGAGGACGAUCUGGGUGAAUGCCUCAUGGGCGAAGCCAGAUGCAUUGACUCGAACGGACUUAAGCAAUGAAGACGCAGAGCGCUAUGCUGCUGCAGACGCUAUUGUGAAAGAAGUGAAUAGUGUUCUGCUUGUUGUGGAGCGUUGGAAUUCACUUGCUGCUCGACCAGAGCGAAACGUGUAA